UUCGAAAUCAGUUAAAGUGGAUAACGUUUGUGUCCAUAGCCUAAAUCUCACUCUCUCCCUUCUUUGAAACAUGAAAAUCCCAACAUUACUAUAAACCCCUGCAGAGAUUAUACAUACAUACAUACAUACACAAAGAUGGGUUCUUCAGUUGUUUUUCAACAAUGUCUGAUUUCAAGUCUCCAUUAUCAACAACCCAAUCACCAAUUUGUCAAACAAAACUGCCCACCAUCAAGAACUGUACGGACCACUCAGGGAUAUGGCGGAGCCACUAGAGCUUCUGCUGCUGCGCUUGAAGCUACAACCCCCGCUUCUUCUUCUCCAGCUUCAUUUCCUCUGCUUAACCCCCCUGCUGAACCCCAAGAUUCACCUGCUUCUCAGUUGGAAUUAGCGGAUCCAGACUUCUAUAGGAUAGGAUAUGUUCGAAAUGUUAGAGCAUAUGGAGUCGAAUUUAGGGAAGGCCCUGAUGGAUUUGGAGUCUAUGCCUCUAAAGAUGUCGAGCCUCUUCGCCGAGCCAGAGUGAUUAUGGAAAUUCCCUUGGAAGUGAUGUUAACCAUUAGCCAAAAGCUUCCAUGGAUGUUUUUCCCAGAUAUCAUACCACUGGGUCAUCCAAUAUUUGACAUUAUCAACUCGACCAAUCCAGAGACAGAUUGGGACCUGAGGUUAGCAUGUCUUCUUCUGUAUGCAUUUGAUCGAGAUGAUAACUUUUGGCAGCUUUAUGGUGACUUUCUUCCCAGCGUCGAGGAGACUACUAGCUUGCUUCUUGCUACGGAGGAGGACCUAUCAGAGCUGCAAGAUCAGAAUCUAGCUUCAAAAAUGAGAGAGCAGCGAAAGAGAGCAUUAGAAUUCUGGGAAAAGAAUUGGCAUUCUGGUGUGCCACUUAAGAUAAGGCGCCUGGCUCCUGAUUCUGAGAGAUUUAUUUGGGCUGUGAGUAUGGCGCAGUCUCGAUGCAUUAACCUGCAAGUGAGAAUAGGUGCACUAGUUCAAAAUGCAAAUAUGUUCAUUCCUUAUGCUGACAUGCUGAACCACUCAUUCCAUCCAAAUUGCUUUUUCCAUUGGCGUUUCAAGGAUCGCAUGCUUGAGGUGAUGAUAAAUGCAGGACAACGGAUCAGAAAAGGAGACGAGAUGACAAUUAAUUACAUGAGCAGACAGAAUGAUAUACUUAUGCAAAGUUAUGGAUUUUCAUCACCUGUGAAUCCGUGGGAUGUCAUUCCAUUUUCAGGCAAUGCACAGAUCCAUUUGGAUUCCUUUUUGUCAGUCUUCAACAUAUCCGGGCUUCCUCAGGAAUAUUAUCAUAACCCAGGUCGGCUAUCAAAUGAUGGAGAUAGUUUUGUUGACGGGGCAGUCAUUGCAGCUGCAAGAACAUUGCCUACUUGGUCAGAUGGUGAUAUACCUCCUAUUCCUAGCGCAGAAAGGAAAGCUGUGAAGGAGCUACAAGACGAAUGUCAACAGAUGCUUGCUGAGUUUCCCACAACUUCUGUGCAAGACCAGGAAAUUCUAGACUCAAUGCUGGAAGCUAGAAAAACGCAUGAAGUCGUUGUCAAGUAUAGAUUGCACAAGAAAUUACUCAUAGAGAAGGUUAUCCAAGCAUUAGAUAUUUAUCAAGAACGGAUAUUGUUUUAGAGUGGAUAAAGAGUUGUUUGUCAUCAACAGUUUGCGUACUGUUCGCCAUGAUAUAUCAGCACGUAGAUUUUAAGCAGGUUCAAGUGUAAAAAUGGCAAUCCCCUACAGCUACUCGUGACAUUUCAUUGUGUACUAGGUAGUCAUUGCUGGUUGAUGCAAUGAUUUGGGGUCCUGGUAAUGAUACACAAGUCUCAGUAGAUCCAUCCACAGCUUGUUGCAGUUUGUAAGGGCUAAAGAGGAUGUUCAUAAGAAAAUCGGUUUUAGAAAGUUUUUGGAUGCCUUGCCCUGCAGAGUUUAUAGGGUCUUCUUGGAAGUUUUGUGCUAGAUGGGUGGUUGGGUAGAAACUUCGUGUGGAGUAUUUUUGAGCUAGUGUAACACUCACGUUUUGUUCUUAAAGAGACAUGUGGUGUGUUCAUGUACUUGACAUAUUCAUUAGGUUCUAGGAGUUAAAUUUAAGAAAAGUAGUUAAUUUUUUUUUUUUGA